AUGCGAGCAUGCAAGUUUUUUGUCCUUACCACACCCUCUGCGGUUUCUCCUUCUGUCCCUUGUCUCCGCCGCGCGCGGGGAAGAAUCGAAAAACGAGGUCUUGCAAAUGAGAAAUGCAAACAUUGCGGGCUGAAACACGAAUCUCCUCUCUGAUUUCGAUUGAGAUCAACUGCAACUGGUGCCAUUAGCGCAAGAAUUCGUCAAAACAUGCGCUCCGAUAUGGGGCACCGGGAUAACACGCAGGGUUCGAGGUUUCUCAUGUCCUGUCUGAUCGGCGGGGUGGUGCUUGGGGCGUCGGUGUUGGGGUUGUACAUGGCUUUUCCGCCGCGCGCCGUGGAUAGCCGCCGGCGGAGGAAGAAGAAACCCGUCCGUGUUUACAUGGACGGCUGUUUCGACAUGAUGCACUACGGUCACUGCAACGCCCUCCGCCAGGCGCGAGCCCUCGGCGACGAAUUGGUCGUCGGCGUUGUUAGCGACGCCGAAAUCAUUGCCAACAAAGGCCCUCCUGUUACUCCCCUAAACGAAAGGAUGAUCAUGGUCAGUGCGGUGAAGUGGGUGGCUGAGGUCAUUCCUGAUGCACCUUAUGCAAUUACUGAAGACUUCAUGAAGAAAUUAUUUGAUGAGUAUGACAUAGAUUACAUUAUUCAUGGGGAUGACCCAUGCAUUCUUCCAGAUGGAAGUGAUGCUUAUGCCCUUGCUAAAAAGGCUGGUCGCUAUAAGCAGAUCAAACGCACAGAAGGAGUGUCAAGUACUGACAUUGUUGGUCGUAUGCUUCUCUGUGUAAGAGAGAGAACUAGUAGUGAUACUCACAACCAUUCAACCUUGCAAAGACAAUUCAGUCAUGGUCAUAGCCAGAAAUUUGAAGGUGGAUCUGAUAGCGGAACUCGUGUAUCUCAUUUUCUACCAACAUCUCGUAGAAUUGUUCAAUUUUCUAACGGCAAGGGGCCAGGGCCAGAUGCACGCAUAAUUUAUAUCGAUGGUGCAUUUGAUCUUUUUCAUGCAGGACAUGUAGAGAUAUUGAGGCUAGCUCGGGGACUUGGAGAUUUUCUGCUUGUUGGGAUUCAUACGGAUCAGACUGUCAGUGCUAAUAGAGGAGCACAUCGCCCUAUCAUGAAUCUUCAUGAAAGAAGCUUAAGCGUUUUGGCUUGCCGUUAUGUAGAUGAGGUGAUAAUUGGUGCUCCAUGGGAAGUGUCUAAAGACACGAUCACAACAUUUAACAUCUCAUUGGUUGUCCAUGGAACGGUAGCAGAGAAUAGUGAUUUUCAGAUGGGAAAGACCAACCCCUAUGCUAUCCCAAUUAGUAUGGGUAUCUUCAAAUUGUUGGACAGCCCUUUGGAAAUCACUACUACCACGAUUAUUAGGAGGAUUGUAUCUAAUCAUGAAGCAUAUCAGAAACGGAACGAGAAGAAGUCAGAAAGUGAAAGGAGGUAUUACGAAGAUAAGACUUUUGUGUCUGGUGAUUGAUUUGCAAUGAUCUAGCGCAGGAGAAUUACUAACCGGUGAAUGCUCUUUAGUUAUUUUGGGGGAGAGGAAUGUUUUUGUUUUUGGUUUUUUUUUUGUUUUUUCGUUUUGGUAAAUCUCAGGUGACUCGUUAUAAAGGGUGAUUGAUCACAAGAAUCAACGUUGGUUAAAAGAUAAGUGGUUGUUAACCUAGCCUGCUAUGCAAAUUUUCCCGGCUUACAAUUCUUUUUUAGAUCACUUCAUUUGGAUUCAAGAGCAGUAGCAGAGCCUUGUGGAAAGCCUCUUUGGGGAGAUGAUACAGCGAUUCUCGCAUCGUCUGUAGAGUGUAUUUUAUCUUCAAAUGCUGCAUUUUUUUUUUUUGACUCUGCUUAGCUGUUUUAACCAUUUGCUAUGCAGUUUAUUUUUAUUUUGUUCCCUCUUUUUUAGAAGGGGUAAGUAGAGUUGCUGUAUUGACAUUUUUUUUUGGGUGAGGGAACUUUAUUUAUUUUA